UAGUUUUUGCUCUGAGGAUUUCAGCAUCCAAGACUAUCACAAUGAGGAGCUUUCUGCUCUUCCUCUCGCUCUUUACAGGCUGUGAGGCCUCACCUGAGUUGAAGGGAUGCGACGGUGGAUGGGUUAAUUUUACCUGGAAAUACACUGAAACAAAUAUAAUUAAUAUUGAUGUAUUUCAGAACAAACUUUCCAUCAUUAAAAGUACUCAGAAAGACACGUGGGAAAACAAAGAGAGACUUUCCGUGUACCAUGAUGCAACAAAUAAAAGUAUCAGAUUGGGCAUCAAACAGCUUAAACGUUCAGACGCAGGGGAAUACAGGUGGGAAACAAAACCUAACCAAAAUUCAGAAGUGAAAUUGAAAGUUGUUGCAGAUGAAGGGGGCUGCAAGAAACCAUUUAAUCAAACUGCGUACAGAACAGCUAAAACCUCCAUCACGUGUGACGAAGGAAAAAAAGAGGACUCCAGAUUCAACUUUUUCUGCAAAGAGAACGGUUCAAUCUGUGAAGAUAUUUUAUCAACAAAAUCUGCUCUGAGGUCAAACGGGACGUUCACUCUCACAGAAACAGAGAGUGGCUUCACUGUGUCCAUCAGUAAUGUGUCCCCACAGCACGCUGGAGUCUACUGGUGUGGAGUGGAAUCAACUGAAGGAAGUUACAGAGCUGCUCUCAGGAAAAUACAACUGGAGGUUAAAGCUGCUAUCAAAAACUUCACUAGGUCUCCAACUAUUGGACAGAAUAUGACAUACUGGUGUCAAUAUCCAGAGGGUGCUCCAGUAAAGAAGUUCAUCUGUAAGGGAGAAGAUCCAUCUAAAUGUGAACAUGUAGUCAGCACUGCCCAGAACACUGAGAGGUUUUCCAUGAUUGAUGAAAAAGAGAAGAGAAACAUCACCAUAACAGUGAGAGGCGUAACAAAGGAAGACAGCGGGACAUACUGGUGUGGAGCAGAAAGCAAGACUGAAACACAAAGCAACUCCUUCUUCAACAGAUUUCUGAUGACUGUUGUGCAACCACCGACACCCACAUUUCCUGUUUCUUCAACGACUACUGCAUUUGCUGAGAGUCGUGAUGGCCCUCAUGUCGUCAUUACUGUGAUCAUAUGUGUAUCCGCGCUGCUGCUGUUUGUGCUCAUGCUGAUCCUGAUCUACACACGCUUCUCAAAAAAUAAAAGAGAUGCAGCAGCAGCGCAACACGACAGAGAGGAUUAUAUCUACGAGGAGAUACAGGAGCGCCCCCUGAAGCCAGACUCAGGAAAUGCUAUAAACAAGAUUUAUUCCACAGCCAACUUUCCCACAAACCCCUCUGCCUCGCUGCAUUACUCUACCAUCAACUUUAGAAACGGCUCUGGUGAAGCUGCUGAGGUACUGAUGACCAAUCCCAGCUCCUCUGCAUGUGAAUAUUCUGCUGUGAAGGACAGAGAAAUACCAACCUGCUCUAAUGUGAACCAGCCCUCUCCAGCAGACCCUCUCUACUCUACCGUCAACAAGACACAGCAGCAAUGAGGAAAGACCAGGCAGGGAAUUAUAAUAUCUACUAAAUGUUUGACCAUCAGCUAAUUCAUGUUUGAUGUUAUUUACAGUGAGAACCAGAUCAGACUUCAGGAAUUACACACAGAUAUUAGGAUGUUAGGACCUGAAUCCUGAUAUUCACUCAAUCAUCCACUUUGUUUAUUGUUGGAAAUCGUGAAGAAAGGACUGGAAAAUUAUUUGAAAGACAUUUUGUUUUUCUUUUGCAAGCAGCAUCAUUAGGCAACUUAUAUUUCAUGUCAGACGUAUUGAUAUUGUGUCAGAACAGCAGGUUUAAUUGUUACAGUUGUUGAAAGUGUUAUAUCUCAAAUGCACAAAAGAGAACUAACUUGUGAAAGUACAAGCUGCCACUUUUGUUCAACCAAACGUUAUCCAACUACAAAAGCCUUAAGCUGCAUUCACAUGAUACACCAUUUGCUCCUUGCUGAACACGAGGUUGGAUGCAGAGCCUUGUGGUGAAAACAGCUGGAUACGUUUUUUUUCUAUAGCUUAUUUCCCCACUUAGCAUAAGCAAUCAUUUUAACUUUGAUCAGUGACAACUUUGAACUCUUUCCAUAGAGACACAGCGACAACUUGAUUUUAUAUUGAUAAUAAAAAAAGGUAUACCUUUGAAUCGAGUGAGCUUAAUGAUCCUUUAAUUGAUAUUGCACAGUGUUUCCCCUACAGUAUAUACAAAUAGCGGUGGCGCAGCGCCGCAGCUGAAUUUUUUUUUUAGUAUUUGUGUUACUGUAUGUUCAAUAAAGGUGUAUUUUUGCUAAA